AUGGGAAGUUGUAGUUCCAAACAAGGGAAGAAAUGGGAUGAUGAUAAGGGCGACAAGAAAAAGAAGAAUGAUGGUGCUCAACAUGUUUCAAAAGCUACGAAGGUCACAAAACGUAGUGGUAGUGCUCCCAAGAAUGAUAACAUGUUUAUUAUGAGUGCUGGAGCAAUGUCCAUUUCUUCAAAUGGAAAUCAAGCAGGCGGUUGCGAUGGUGGUGGAGGGCACGGGCAUGGAAAUGGUGGUGGAGGUACUGGAGGUGGUUGUGGCGGGCAUGGGCAAGUAAAUAGUGGUGGAGGUACUGGAGGUGGUGGUGGCGGGCAUGGGCAAGUAAAUAGUGGUGGAGGGCAUCAUGGUGGAGGGGAUCAUGGAGGCGGCGGAGGUGGUGGGUGUGGAGGGGAUCAUGGAGGCGGCGUAGGUGGUGGGUGUGGAGGUGGUGGUGGAGGUUGUGGUGGAGGGCAUGGGCAAGUAAAUAGUGGUGGAGGUACUGGAGGUGGUGGUGGAGGGCAUCAUGGUGGAGGGGAUCAUGGAGGCGGUGGAGGUGGUUGUGGAGGUGGCUGUGGAGGUUGUUGUUAG